GUUAUUUAUGUCUUCAAAAGCGCUUUGAAUCCCGGCAACCUCGAAAUUGGUGAUCAUUUGAUCAAGCAUGGAGAUGGUGUCAAAGACAUUGCCUUCGCAGUGGAGGACUUGGAUGCUAUUGUUGAGAGAGCACGACAAAGAGGAGGCAAAAUUGUGAAAGAAAUUUGGUCCGAAUCCGAUGACUCAGGAACUGUGCGAUUCGCCACGGUUCAAACGUAUGGAGACACGACGCACACCUUUGUGGAGCGUGGGACAUAUUCAGGACUUUUCCUUCCUGGUUACAAACCCGUUUUGGAAGAGGACCCAGUGCUGGCAAAUUUGCCUCGACCUGGACUGGACUUCAUCGAUCAUAUUGUGGGAAACCAGCCCGAUUUGGGAAUGGAAGAUGUGGCCAAGUGGUACGAAAAGACCCUGAUGUUCCACAGGUUCUGGUCAGUGGACGAUUCCCAGAUUCACACAGAGUAUUCAUCACUGCGCUCCAUCGUUGUGGCUAAUUACGAAGAGACAAUCAAGAUGCCCAUCAACGAACCCGCGAAUGGCAAGAGAAAGAGUCAAAUCCAGGAAUAUGUGGAUUAUUACGGAGGUGCUGGUGUGCAGCACAUUGCUCACAACACCAGUGACAUCAUAACUGCGUCGGAGGAAAUUUUCCAGAUUGCGAAUUUGACUGCGAGAGGAACGCAGUUCCUGAAAAUACCGGACACUUACUACGAGCAGCUCAGGGAAAGUCUGAAGACUGCCAAAAUCACGAUCAAGGAAGACAUCACAGAGCUUCAGCACCCGCAUCACGUUACUGAACUAUUAUCAGAGAUCACUUACUACGUGUAUAAAGCGAGAAGAAUGCCGAAGUCAGUUUUGUGUAAACACGUGAGGUCCAACUGGGUUCCUGGUGAAUAUCCUUCUUCGAUUCAGCGUAUGUUUGAAUGGAGUCCGGAUGAAUGCAUUCCGGAAUUCUUCAUGGAUCCCGAUAUAUUCAAAUCAAUUCAUGAAGAUCUCGGUGAUCUGGAAAUCCCUUCGUGGUCCUCAUGUCCAGAAGAUUUGAUCGACAAACACAGGCAAGCAUUGGAAAGCAAUCAUGUUUCAGAAAUGUUGCAUCAUUGGAUCGAUCUUACGUUUGGAUAC